CGCCCCGUGCCGUUGGCGCCUGCGCAGUGGCGCCGCUGCCCUGAGGGUGGCUGUUUCUCCAGCUGGGCGACUGUUUACAGUUGCGGGGGGGCGAGAGCCUCGGCGUGCGGAGGAAGCGAGCGGAGGCUUGAGGGGCGGCGGCAGUUGGCGCUGGAGGAACAGAAUUGGUUUUUGAAUUUGUUAGCGUGGACAAUGGGAGGUGCUGUGAGCGCAGGAGAGGACAAUGACGAGCUAAUUGAUAACCUGAAAGAGGCUCAGUACAUCCGGACAGAGCUCGUGGAGCAGGCCUUCAGGGCUGUCGACCGGGCAGACUACUACCUGGAGGAGUUUAAGGACAAUGCGUACAAAGACUUGGCAUGGAAGCACGGGAACAUCCACCUUUCUGCUCCCUGCAUUUAUUCGGAGGUCAUGGAAGCCCUGGAUCUGCAGCCUGGGCUUUCCUUCUUGAACCUGGGAAGUGGCACUGGCUAUCUGAGCUCCAUGGUUGGGCUCAUCUUGGGCCCUUUCGGCGUUAACCAUGGCGUAGAGCUUCACUCUGACGUUAUAGAAUAUGCAAAGCAGAAGCUGGACUUCUUCAUCAGAACCAGUGACAGCUUUGACAAGUUUGAAUUCUGCGAGCCUUCCUUUGUCAGCGGCAACUGCUUGGAGAUCUCUCCAGACUGCUCUCAAUAUGACCGUGUCUACUGUGGUGCGGGAGUCCAGAAGGAGCAUGAAGAUUACAUGAAGAACUUACUGAAAGUUGGUGGGAUCCUCGUGAUGCCAUUGGAAGAAAAGCUGACAAAGAUAACACGAACUGGCCCUUUGGCCUGGGAGACAAAGAAGAUCUUAGCUGUUUCCUUUGCUCCUCUGAUCCAGCCCAACCACGCAGAUUCGGGGAAGUCAAAACUUGUUCACUUGCCACCAGUGAUGGUCCGCACGCUUCAGGACCUUGCACGCAUUGCUAUCCGCAGCACCAUUAAGAAGCUGAUUCACCAGGAAACGGCGGGCAGAAACGGCAACGGCCUCAGGAACCCGCCGAGGUUUAAGCGAAGGCGCAUCCGCCGCCGCCGCAUGGAAACCAUCGUCUUCUUGGACAAAGAGGUCUUUGCCAGCCGGAUCUCCAACCCCUCCGACGAUAACAAUUGCGAGGAGUUGGAGGAGGAGGAGAGCAAGUUGGAAGAGGUGGAAAAAGCUGUCCCUGAACUGAAGCCCGAGCCUCCUAUAAAUGUCUUGAGAGAGAAGGUCUUGAGCCUGCCUCUGCCUGACCCUUUGAAAUAUUACCUGCUUUAUUACAGAGAGAAAUAAGGGUCACUGUCAGCAUCCAGCAGAGAGGUAGGCAGGACAAUAAAACAACUCAGUAGGGCUUGACAGAUGUAUGCCACUCGCUUGCCUGUUAAUGUGACCACGCAUGGUGGUAAGCUGGCCGGGGGAACGUGGCUGCCGUGUACUUAAAAUGUGAUAGCAUUUUUCAGAUUCCUUCCCUUGGUUAGUGUGCUCCAGUUUUGUCCUACAGCAGAGCUUCCUCGGUUGGGGUGGGGGGGUGGGGGCAGGCUGGCAGCAAAGCGUUCAGCUGCUUACUGAAAUGAGGGUCUCAUUCAGUAUCGGAGGGAAACCAACUUUGCCGAGACAUCUCUGGAUUUCUCAACUAUUGUUUUUUGCCAGGUGGCGGUUUCAGAAUCAUUUUGGGCAGCACCCAAACAAGUUGCUUCACCCUAAAAGUGGAAAUCAGGAAGAAGACAGACUCACACCCACAAAGUCUGGUCUCCUCCAAAAGCCCACAAAAAAAGCACAAUUUUACAAAAAAAAGUACAAAAUUGUGGGUUUGGUGUAUGUGCGAUGCCCAGUUAAAGCUGUUGUUUUUAAAUCAGCAGGGGCUUGGUUUAGGCAAACACUUUUUUUUUACAAGGGAGGUUACCCUCUAAGAGUAUCAAUAUGGCCUCCUAAAAGACUCAUUAGGAGAAUUCCUAUUUGAUAGGAGAGAGAGAAAUGGGCAUUGUGAGGUUGAAACAGAAAUAAUUAAGAUGCAGUGUUUUAUGCUGCAAAACUCACUUUCUCUCCCUCUCUCUUUUUUCUUUCUUUUUUUUCUUUUUUUUUCCUUUUUUUUUUUUAUUUGAUGGCAUGAAAAACUUGCUGGGCUCAUCCAGUUUGUGGUUACAUUCUCUGAAAGGAUAUUAAGUGGUUAGGGAGAGCAGCAGAGGGGGGAGGAAGUGCAGAAACUGAUUAGUAUUUAAAAAGCCAUCAGACCUGUCUGAAGGUCUGUUGCAGGAGUGCUGAAUUGGGUAUGUAAUGUUGACAGCUUUGAAGUUCUUUUUUUAAUUGGGGUAAGCACCUCAUCACUUGCAAGGUGCUUCUUUUUUUUUUCAGAGGGUGCCCAGAAUCUGGAAUCAGUGUUUGUUUUUUUU